GAUCACGCUCAUUUAAUUUCAAAAUGGCAGCAUAGCAAAAUGUGUAUUGUAAAGUUUUGUGCAAACGGUAUAAAAAUGGCUAGUGAGAGUUUAGAAAAUAAAUCUGUGGUACAAAUAAGAAGAAAUAUUUUUGAAAAGUGUUUGUUUCCGGGUACUAUUUCGUGCGCUUCUAUUAAAUAUCAAAAACAAGGACAUUGGAGAUUGAGAAAAGCUCCUCAUAGUUACACAGGUUUAAAACAUAUGAACAAUCGAUUUAGGAGUGUUAAAUCUAUGCCAGAAUUAAAUUGUAUGGUCUGAAUAACAGAAACUACAAAAUGUGGAACAUUUCUAGAUUUGGUCAUGGAGGGUCCAUGAUGGGGCCAAAUUUCACACCUCAGAAGAGAGAUUUCAGUUAUAAUCUAACUAAUGUGGUUAUUGCUCCUGGCAAAUCAUUUCAAAACCCGAAUUUUGUAAAUAACCACUAUCCAAAUGUGCAUAGUCAUUAUAACAACCAGCUUUCUUUGCCAAACCAUAAUAUUUGUCAUACUCCUAUUGACAUACAUAAAAUUGCUCCUGUUGACAUACCUGCACCUGAAACUGUCAAACAAAAAUCUUUGAAUGAAAAUUCUAGUCAGAAUAUUGUAAAAACCAUUAAAGAAAAACUUUGUGAUAGCCCAAUAAAACAAAUUCCUGUGGAGAAUAAGCAAAUGUGCCAUACUAGAAAACGCUGCAAGAAAAAUAAAAGUCACAAGAGAAAAGAACCAAACAAAAAUUCUAAAGAACAUAAUACGAAAAGGCAAAUAAAUGAUAUGAUGGAAAUAGAUUUUGAACCAGACAUAUCGAUGAACAGCUGUGACACUAAUAUGACAACUCUACAAUCCCUCACACCUCCGACAACUAUGCGUUUAAAAGACUAUAUAGUGGAUGUAUCCAGCUCACCGAUCAAACUUAGCACAUCCAAUGAUGAUACUUUCACAUUUAUAUCUAUUACACCUCCCACAAACAAGUAUAUAAGAGAAAGGGAGUUGUCAACGUGCGAAUCAGAAGACAGUUUUAUAGUUUUUGAUAGUGGUACCGAUGAAGAAUUAAACUUUUCGGACGAAUCAAAAGAUAGUAUAGAAUUUGAAACUGAUAAUGACGAUCGGGAAGAUGAGGAGGAUGAUUCUGAUUCCGAAAUAGAUGAUGAUUUUGAUUCGUCGAAUUCUGUCGUCCCGUCCAAAAAGGUGCGGUUUGCGGAAAACGAAGAACUCUGCGAGAUACAUCCGAUGGUACAAUGGUCUUUUGCUUAUAGAAAUGCAAGAAAGGGACCUUGGGAGGAAUACGCUAGAGACAGGCAUAGAUUUAACAAAAGGAUCCAAGACACCGAAGAGGUACUUUCAAGUAUAUUUGAUCCAAAACAUAGAGAAAAUGUAUAUAGAGAACGAUUCGAAGAUCGUGUUUAAAUUUAUGUCUGGUAUUAUAUUAAAAUAUGUUGAGAAAUAGAUUUCCAGAAUAUAUUAAAUCCAAAUUCGAGGACAACUUCAAAUCAGUCUUAACUAGUCGACAAACAAACCAUAUUGAGCUUGUGCUUUGCAAUUUUGAAGUCCCCAAUUUACAUAUAAUGUGAUUUGACACCAGGAAAAAAAUACUAUUGUUUUUUGUUGAAUGUAAAUCAAACUGAAAAAAAUCUACAUUUUUAUGUAUUUUGGAUAUCUGUUGCUCAAUUCAAAAUUUAUUUCUUUUGAGAUUAUAAAACGUCACGGAUAUUCUUGUAACAUAUAUUUAAACUACUAAUUUUCAUAACUAGGGUAGUUGGAGGCAAAAGCACGCAGUUUCAUUAUCUCCUGUUGUCUUCAGAAAUUAGAAUUGUUUAGAACUUUUCUAAUUUUAAAGGAGAGAUUCCAUAUGUGUUUCCUUUUCAAGUAUCGAUAGAAUUUCCAUAAGUUCACUAAUAAAUGAAAAACAUGUUUUUAAAAAUAUAUGCAUUAACCCCUAAAAAUGAGGCCACAAGUGCCCAAUCUACAUUUCUCUCAGUUCUCCCACUCCCCUGGUCUGAGAUCUCUCGUCGACAUUGCCUUGCUUACUCCUUUUAUGUAGGCCAUUUUCGUUCUUCUUUAUUUUUAACGUUCCAGUGGUUCUCAAGUCAUUAUUUGUUCUGAUAUCCUAUACUUCAUCGUCUACAAAUGGCCAUACCUGCUGAUUUGCUUUUCCUGUAUUUGCCUAGCCUUGCCAUUCAUCUUUUUCAUAUUGUGAUAUUUGUAAUAUGUUGGAGCUUUGAAAUUCCUGCUGCUUGCCUUCAAAAAUCCAUUUCUAGGGAUAAUAAAUUUGUUUCAUUCUUGACGUUAGCUACCACAUUUCACAUCCAUAUAAAACAAUGCUCUUGAAAAUUGUGUUGAAUAUUUGUUGUAUUUUUUUUAUUUAGAAAAUUUCACUAGACCAUGGUAUGGAGUUUAUUGCUUCAAUGAUUUUUUUCCAUUUAUUAUUCGUUCUUCUAUUUCUGGUUCUGUUCCGUAACUGCUUGUGAUCUUUGUUCCUAGAUACAUGUAUUCUUCAGUGGUCUCUAUUUGUCUUCCGUUUUCAAGUUGUAAUCUUCUAUGUCUGAUCCAACACAGAUAUAUUUAUGUUUUUAUAUAUUGACCUUUAACCCCUAUUUUUUUAUUCUGAUAUUCUAGUCAUGAGGUCCAAAUUAUCUUUGUCUUGAGAGAUUACUACCUGGUCAUUUGCGAAAUGUAGAGUGUAUGAUAACUCAGUCGGAUACCCAUUCUGUGACACAGAAUGUCUCAAAGCUUCAUCUCAACAGAUUUUGAAUAGCCUUGGCGAUAGACUGCAGCUUUGUCUCAAUUUCUUUGUUACGCCGAAGCUAGAGGAAAACUGGUUGUUUAUUUUGAUUUUUGAGGAGUUAUCAUAGUCUGUACUGUUCGAAUCAGAGUUACUUCUAGAGAAACGAACAGCAGCAUCUGUUGUUAUUUUUUUCUCAGUCAAUUGGUUCAAUGUAAAAAUAUGGUUUAUGCAUAAUCGUCCUGCUCUAAGCCGAGCCUGUUGUUUCAAUUGAUGUUAUUGAUAUUCUUUUUUCGAUUAGACAGUUCAGAAUUUCGCACCAAAAUUAAAAUGUAUAAAACCCCAAAUAAAAGAGAUGGUAAUUAGAAAUUAGCGGUAAAUUUAAGAGAGAACUGUUCUUUUGCUCUUAACUACCCUAUGUGAUCUUUGAAUUUAAUUUUUAUAUGGAAACUAAUAUUCUACCAUAAAUUCAAUAAAAUACAUAUUUUUCUAAAUUAUUAAGAUUGUUGGAAAAAUUAAUUAUAAAUUUUUUGAAUCAAUGUUCAUUACUAAACUUUAAAAUCAUUCCACUUAAUGAGCAAUAAGAAUCUUAUUGUCCAUAUUAAAUAACAAUCUAAUUUGUGAUCUUAUAUUUAUAAACAAUGUUUAUAAGCUGAAAACUCUCCAUUCUGCAUUCGUAAAUACAUCAACGCAAUCUAAAUUCACUUGAAUAAUUAAUACAUAUCAUUUAAAAUUAAUUAGUUAAUUAACGACUUUCCUAAAGAUUAAUUAUAUGCUUUCCAACUACCUAUCAUCUACAUAUUAAUAAUUUUGAAUGUGAAUACAAUUUACGCUACCAUAAAAUAGACUGAAGGUGAUGGUGUAGAAGUAGUGUAAAUUGUUUCAACUUAUGAAUUUAGAAAUUUUGCUGCGUUUCAUAUAUAUUCGUGAUGCGCUUAUAAUCUUCCUGGCUGUGAUGUUCAAUAGAUAGGAAACACAUUAUUCUUGCCUUGCUUCAAAUUAAUAUUGAUUAAUUACUUUCAAUCUGUGAUAUUUUUAACAUUGCCACUAAGAUCUGAUUUAUUAACAUGUAUCAUUGAAACAAUUUUGAGGUAUUUUUAGUUAUAGAAACUAUUAAAAAAGCGUCAUUUUGGUAGAAUGUAAUUUUGAAUGAAUAUUCCAGGAGAAUUAAUUUACAUUUUAAAGGGAAAAGCUAAAUUUAAGAAAAAAAUCAGUACUUAUUAUUUUUUCUUCUAGUACCUUUACAGAUACAACAUUUUUAUAUCCCCUAGUUAUGUAGAACAAUAAGCCUUUGAAGUUUUAUCAUCAAUUGGUAUAAAUCAGUAUAAUGAAAAUGAAAAGUUAUAGCAAAAAUUAUUUGAAAAUGGCUUCAAAAAAUAAUAUGAUUUUAAUAUUUUCUUACUUUAGGUACCCUAAUGUUGACCUAUCAAAAGACAUUUUAACCUGACAGAAAACCACUUUAAACGCAAAAUUCAAUAUUUCAUAUUUCUAGAAAUAAAUAAAAAAUAAAUUAUAUGCACAUAUAACAUGGAACAGUAGUUGAUAGGGUGCAGUUAUCAGUAAUAGUCAUAAAAAACGCUAUUUAAGUAUUCUACCUUCCUUUUGACAAAUGAAUGUUCUGAAAUGUAGAACGUUUAGAAAACUAUAAAAUAUAAGCUGAAGAAUUUUUUCUUCUUCGAUUUCUAAAUUGUUAUGGUGCUUCCAUAGAAGAAACUAACUGUAAAUGAAUUAUUUCUCUGUUAUAAAUAUAAACUUUGAAUUUUAAAGAACUCAAAAUUUAGCUUAAACUUUUUAAAAUGAAUCAAUUGUCCUGGACUGAGAAUGGAAAAAACACAACUUUCUAUCAGAAUCAAUUAAUUAAAAAAAUUAUUUAUAACAAGAUUUAAUUGUUUCAUUUAAUCAUAAAGUUUUAUAUAUGAAUGAAUUUAAAUAAAAAAGUACCUUUGGAGAUAAAUAACAUUAUUUUUAUCAGAUUAUUUGAAGUAAGUGCAAACCAUGUCAUAGAAAUUAUUAUUUAUAAAAAAUAAUGUAAUCUAAAUUUUAUAUUACUCUAUAUAAAUAGGGUAAUAAUAAUAAAAUAAUUCCUCCUUUCUUGCCUAAAAUUUAACCAAUUAAUUUUCUGUAAAUAUUUUAGGUGUUGGUAGGGAUAAAUAUAUUUUAAGGUGAUUAACAAUAUUUUUUGUAAUAAGGAAAUAUUUUAGCAAAACAAUGCAAUCCAGAUUGAACAAUUUAUUAUUUAAAGGAAAAGAAUCUUCUUUUCUGAGGUAUUUAUGCUUUUAAGUUAUACAAAAAUGAUUUUUCUUGACACGCCUGCAACAUGCUUUAAUGCUUCAUCUGCUACAACUUGAUAAUACAAAUUAUUGUACCUGCCCAAUUUCCAUGUAUAUUUAUCGUGUUUGAAAAUAUGUCCAAAGUAUUCAAAAAGCUUUUCCUCAAUUGAAACGAUUUUGCUUAUAUUUGUUCAUAAUAUCUCUUUAAUGUUCCAUAAUUUUUGUUGAAAAAUAACAUCUGUAUUUUAUUUAUUUUCCUAUUUAUACUACCCUACAGCGCAAAGGCAAAUUAAAGUUGGGAAACACAUACAUAAGAGUUAAAAAUUGAACAAUUAAAGUUGUAAAGUACAAAUAAACAUUGCUACAUUUAGAUUAAGUAUAAGUAAUAUAUACUUACAUACACACAAAAAUAUGAAAAAAGUAAGCAGUUCUAAAAUUCCAUGAUAACUCUGCCAAAUACGAAUAAUGAGAAAGUUAUAGAACGGAAAAAAAUUUCUUUUUAUGUUAGAAAUAGAAAAAUAUCCAGAGAGUUCUGCAUUUGAUAGUGAUAUAAAUUAGUUCUAGCAACUGGAAAGUGGAAUAAAGAGUGGAAGUGGGUGCAACUCGAAGAGUAUUUAUUCUUAAAAGUCCUACCAAUUCUGGACAUUAAAUUUUAUUCAUCACAAUUUUGUGAAAAAAUAUCAAGGAGGAACACAUACGUCUAGUCCAUAGUUUCCCAAGGUUAGACCCGCGAGGGAGCAAUUCCAAAGUGUACCUGAAAUAAGUUUAGCCGCUUUGGUCUGUGCCAGUUCAAUACAAUCCUAGAGUUAUAUAGCCUAUUUCUUUGAAAAAUAGUUUUAUUGGCUCCGGAGGUGUUAAGUAACUAAUAACGCUAUACUUAUCACUUCUGAAUAUUCUAUUAGCUGAUUUUGAAGAAAGGUUUUUUGAUCUAAAACACUUUUUUUGUAGUCUAAAGAUAGGUUGAAACGACCAAUCACAAAUUGUAUUUAUGUCAGAUUGUAGUAGUCAUUAAUGUUCGAUAUGGAAUGAUAAUGGCUUCAAAUCAUCUGCAUAAAGGAGAAUAUUAGAAUUUUUUUUCCUGAUACAAUGUCAUAUAUAAAUAAUAAAAAUGACAGUGGCUCAAGUACUGAACCCUAGGGCACUCCAGAAGAUGCGUUAAUUUCUAUGGAGUUAAAACAAUUGUAAGUAACUGUAAGUAUGACAAAAAAGUAAAUGGAUUAAUUAAAGCAAUGUUGUAUAGUUUAAUCAGAAGAAUGCCGUGAUCCAAGCGAUAAAAAGCUUUGAGAAAAUCUGUAUAGAUGACAUCAACCUGACCACCGCUAUCCAAUUGUUCUGCCGAAUACUGCUUGAGCACAUUAAAUUCGAGACCGUCGAUCUAACAGGAUAAAAACCGUGCUGUUUAUUACAUAUGAAUAGUUUCAUGUGGUGGACAACAACUUCGUGAAGCAGAAAAGUUGAAAAUAAUUGUGAUGGGUCGAUAGUUCCCAAUAACAACCUUAUUAUCUUUUUUAAAAAUGGGACAAAUUCGUCCAGGUUUCCAUAUCACCGGAAAUUUACCACAUUUUAACGAGAGAUUAAAAAUACAACACAAUUGGCAGAGCAGACGUACAGUCUCAUAAUAGAAAGGCUGGUUAGGAUCGGCACCAGAUAGGGUUUGGUUUUAAUUUUUUUAGGCUAUUUGAAACUUUAGACUCUGUGAUAUAGGGAGUAACACAAGGCCAACAAUUUAUUUUUGAAUGGAUUCUAUAUAUCAGAAUAUUCUGCUACUCUAUAAAUUAUUAAUAAUAAAGUAUGAAUAAAGUUACGAAGUAGUACUUGAUAAAGUAUUUUGAACAUUUUAUUGGCAUUCGUUCAAUUUCAAAUAUUUUUAGUGCGGGUGAUGUCAUUCAGAUGACUAAUUUGUGGAAAACAAACUUUAUUUUCAAAAUCUAGUAAAAGGAAACUCAAAUUUUAUGUUUCAUGAUAGGAUCGCCAAAAUUAUCGUAUAGGAAAUUCAGAGUUAAUGCUUAUUAAACUAUUUGUAACUUGGAAUCUUCUCUUAAAGAGAAAUAUCUUGUUCUGCGAAACUUUCUGAUAGUAAUUUAUUCAGAUUAACAUUUUUAAUGUCUGUAAGUGUCUGCCCCUUCGUUAGAAUGUAAGAGUCAUGAAUAAACCUUUCUCUAAUUCUUCCAUUUUGUCUUGUCCGUAUCAAAUCAAAGCAUCUGCUGUCGGACAGCCAUGUAAACCUAAACUUGUUUGUAUACUGAAAGUUACCUAAAACGUCUAGUCGUUGUAUUACUUACGAAAAAGUUUUUUAUUUCACAGUAUUUAUUAACCCAGUAGAGAGGAACCUUGGAUUAAAAUAAUAGUUGUAACUAAAUCUUUUAUUUUUGAAUCCAAUUUAUACAUCAUAAUAUUAACCAAUAUUUUACAAUCAUUAUUGUAGACUGACAGAAAAAUUAAGCAUAUGCCCCAGAAAGUAAUGGUUCUUAUUUACCACAAUAUUAUAAAAUAACCAAAUGAAAAGUACCUAUUUUAACCCAAAGUAUUUCAUAAAAUAUUUGUUUUAAAUAGCGGUGCUAUUAUUUUUGUUAAUUAAAAUAAUGUCAUUGUAAUAAAUUUAAAAAU